AUGCAGUCCCUCACGGAGCGUGACUUCGGCCUUGUGGAGAAGCUGCUCAAUGUUAUCCGCCCUCUGCUCGAGUACGGCAAGGUACACAGGUGCCAUGAGCGAUCUGCAGACGCCAUGGCGGUCGUCUCUAGUGACUCUGCAGUUGCAACGGUGGUAGCCCCAUCGGACGUGCUCCGCGAGCACCAAAACCAACAAGGAGCCGGCGGCUCUGCCGCGCCGCUGCCGGCAGACAGUGCCGGUGGUGCCAGCACCGGCAUGUCAGAGAGGCGAAUGUGGACAGAGCUCGCGUUUCUAAUGAGUCGUGUCGUCAUUGCACAGAAGCUGUUUCUAAUGUCGUACGUCACAAGCGACCCAGGUCUUAUGUUGACGGAGCUAUCUCGCAUGCUUCUGGCCUUCGUCCAUGAGAGCUGCACCGCCGUCGCGGGGAGUGGGAAGGAGGCCAGGAUGCGCCACGUUGCCCUGCUCGCGCAGGAUCGCCUGAUCUUCCUCCUCCGAGUAUUCUGCUCUCUCAAGAACUGCACUGCUAUGCUUGGAGACACGGGCGACUGCGACAAUGCCGGCGCGGCGCUGAAGGUGUACGACGCGAUCUGCGACCAGGUCGUCUCUGGCCAACAUUUAGCGUGGAUGUCGCAGAUCUACGUUUGGUUCUGUGACGAGGCAGCGCGGCUAGCCCGCAGCGGAGGUGCGAUUCCCAGCGCCUAUGUUGACGCCACUCACGACGCACUGCGUUGCAUCUUGGGCUGCUGCACUGAUCACGAGGGUUGUGCCAAGGCGUUUCUUUACUCGGAGCCGGUAGCAUGUGUCGCGUACAUGUUCUACGGACUCAAGCUGCGCAUCUCAGAAGGCGAUCUUCUACGGCCGUACGAGGACGAGCACCCCAUCGUGGAGAACGCCAAAGGCACGGCCGCUGACGCCUCUGCACGGCAGACAAGUUCAACGAUCACAGUCAGCGAUAGCCGCAGUGACGGCAACCGUCUCGGAGUCACCGUCCGUGAUGAGCUGGAGCGAACGGUGAUGCCGGCGAGCCCGAUCCCACAGCGGCCGCCUGGCGGAGGUCAACUCAAAACACGUUACUUCACCCCACUCACGGCUUCGUUUACACGGCAGCAGCAGCAGCAGCAGCAGAUGCCGAGAGUGGGCACAGGCGACUCUGCAAGCAGCGCCUCCGUCGCCUCGCUGGUGUGCCCGACUAACUCUUCUACCGCAGCUAGCAUCGUGAGCACGUCGUGGGCGUUUGAUCUACCAGAGCUGUCACGGCCACAGCUGAAGACGCUUCUGCUUGGUGGGCGUGAGAGCGCCUUUGACUCGCUUGUCUUCGCUGCCCUUGACGUCGUCGUCGAGGUAAUGCGCGUGACACGAGACUACGAGCACUGGAUGGUGCUCUCCACCGUCAGCAAUCUGCUGCUUCUCAGCAAGAAAAGCAUCGAGGUCCGCGACGCGGCGGCAGCGUUAUCGUUGGGGUCCAGCUCCGCGAGCGCCUCGGAAGUGUCGCUACCGCUGUCACGGGUAGUGGCAAUGUAUGAAAACAUCGUGGUGCUGUUCCAGCUGCUGUUCUCAGUGAUGGAAGGGAUCGGCUUCGAAAAGUCGGCGCGAUCCGCGUUGAGCGCCUCUUCCGCGCCUGCGACUGCAAUUCACGGCGGGACUGAGAAAGAGGCGAAGAAAGGGAACAGGAAGGGCACGCCACCGCACCCAGGCUCAUCCUUUCUGAGCGGUGGACCGUCGCCGUCCACGCAGCCCCGUGGAGCACGCAUCUCUACCACAGUUAUGGGUGAGGUGGGCCAGCUUCCGGCCACUACGACGGUGGAGAACAGCGACAAGGUCGACGCAGUGGACACUGCGCAGAUGCGGGAGCACAUAGCACAACAAAUAGUGCGCAUGGUUCUGCAGACCGACGUGCACGCGGUGUUCGCGGCGACGAAGCGUGUGCUGGAAUGCGACCGGACGCUGUUUCGUGUAUUGCACUCCUUCUGCAUGCUUGAUGCGCGAUCGGCUGAGCACGCAAUGUCCAGGAAACGGUGCCGCAAGCGCAGUUCUGGCGCUGCCGCGACUGAGGGUCAUCGAAAGCGCCGUCUCAGCGCACCCAAGGCGGCGGACACGACCGCGCACUACCGAGGCAUCGCUGCUGGCAACACGGGGAGCGCACUCCACAACCCAAUCAUAUCCCCGACUGGCACAGCAGCGGCAGGUGGCCACACCUGCGAGGGUGGGAGUGGGUGUGAGCUGGUGUUCGACGCCGGCUACAGAUUCUUCGUCACCUCGAACUUUGGAGACCUGCGUCACAUCGCAAGCGAUGUCGGAUGCAGCAAAACUCUUGAUGGUGGCCUGGCCGAGAACGCCGAUAGCCGCAGCUCCUUUCGCAUCGGUAUGGGAACUUGCAGUGUCCGCGAAAGCGGGAUGGGCGACUCCGGCACCAUUGCCCCGUUCUCUACGGAGCCGCUUCUCGGCAGCGCCUUUGCGACCCCGCAGCGGCACGGCCAGCGGCUCUCGAAUCUGCAGCACCCUGGGCGGAGCGAAGAGAGCGGCGGCAACAAAAAAACAGUCGCCGGUGGCGGCGGCAGCUUUGCCAAAGCCUUCUUGAAGUCCUUCUUUGGCAAUCGACAUGCUGGCAGCGGCGCUGUCGCUCUCAAGCGCGCCGUGGCGCACGAAGGCAGCGACGACAACGCGGAGCAGGGCUCGUCGAGCGGCUCGUCGAGGUCCUCCUCCUGCUCCUCGUGCGCCGAGAGCAAAGCAGGCGGCAGUGGCAGCCGCAGCGACAGUGGCGCCAGCGACGACAGCGAUCUUCUCAGUAGUGCAAGGGGGCUGCUCCACGGUAGUGUCGUUGGCUCACUACUCUCGACGCGCAGCUUUGGCGUGAGUGGCAGCCACUCUCCAGGGUGGCAACGUGGCAGCGACAGCCGCCAUGCACUGAAAGGCGGCACCCAACACCGUCAUCACCGACGCAAGUGCAAAAUGAGGUCAGCAUACUCGGCGUGGCGCGACGUGCCUUCGUACACGGCUCUUGCGAGAGAACUCGUUCGCAUCUUCAACCUCGUGCUGGCAGACACCGAGUUGAGUGUAGACGUCCGUAUCGGUGCCGGGCUGCUUCUCCCAAGCAUUGUGCUGCGUGACAUCCCAGUUUUUCGCCUCUACGAGGGUCGCGUACUCAUUCGCAACUACUUGAACCUGCUCCUGCACGAGCUGCAUUACAACAUCAAGCUGCGUGGGGUGUCGGCGACUGCGGCGGCAGAUCGCGAAGGCCUGCCGCGCGCACACGUUGACGGUGCGCAGGAGCAGCCGCAGAGCGUGUCAGACAUCGCUGAGACGACCGCGUCGGUGCCACUGCAGCGUGCGCAGGCGAGCAGCAGCAGCAUGAUGAGCGGCCGUGCGCACCUGACGCAGCGGGAGCUCAUCGCCUUCGCGCCGAAGGUUAUCGAGACGCUUGAGCGGACCUUUAAAGUACUCGGUGUGAUACCGCUGACGAGCGACGUGGCCUCGAUAACGGAGCUGCUGCUCUACUUUUACUGCGCCGACGGCGUUGCCCCGCUCGGCGUCGCCCUCGAGCGCUCCUUCACACGCGUUGUUGUCCUGUGGCUCAUCGGUCUUGUUGGCGCGCAGUGUGACGAAGACAUCGACCGGCACGCGAUGGAGGUGCUGCUGCACCUCAUGAGGCGCGCUGUGGCCCGGGGGUCGCUACCGAAGGACAGCAGCACGACACUCAUGGUAACUCCCUUCGGCGCCGCCACGGUGGUUCAAAGCAGCAACGCCGCUGGCGUCGCAGUGCCGGGCGGCCCGACGGUGGCUGCGACACGUCUCUCUGCGGACUGGGCCAAUGCGCGCAGCACGGCACGGCCUGCCGCGGCCAACAGCGCCGCUGGAGUGAUACCCUCGUCAUUUGCGACGCCGUCGACCACGAACACCACGCGCUUGGCAGCGGCAGCAACGGAGGUGGGAGUGCCGACAGCCGCAGCAAGGUCUAUGCUGCGUGGUGGCUCGCAGCUGCAGAGCAGCGGCAUCGGCCUCAACGCCGCCGAGCAGGCCGCCGAGGCGGACCUGUGUGGCUGCACUUUCAACAAGUCCUUCUUGGGCUCAGCUGAGUUCGGUGGCAUCACGACGGCAUUAGGCAUCGAGGGCGGCUCGGGGGAGUGCAGCAGCACCGUCGAGGCACUCAGCUCUGUGUUUCGCGUGCUGCUCGGCCGCUCGCAAGACUUGCUCUCCCCUGCCGGGCUGGCCACAGUGCUCUCCCUCUUCACGAGCCGCGACAGCAACCUGUCGCGACUCGGACGCGAGUGCAUGAUACGCUCCCUGGAGAUUCCAUCCGUGUACCCGCUGUACGCUGACGUGAUUCUGGACAGCGAUACCUUCUUACUCACACAGACGCUUUCGAUGCUAUCGACGUACUUGACCUCGGCAGCGCUGACGCCGGUGACUCGGCGAGACAGGCGGCUGUGGAUGCAGCGCUGCGGCUGCGUCGAUGCGGUCAUACGCGUACUCGUGCGCGUGCUUGACUCACCUCCGUCGACGCCGAACUUUAUGAAGGUAAUACCGCACCUCUUUCAGUUUCUCUCUGCCUUCGAGUCGGGCGAAAGCAAGCCGGCACAGCUGUCGAGCACGAACUUCAUCGCGAGUGUCGCGGAGCGGCUGGAGAAGUUGGAGGGCAUGGAGUACUUCAUCAUCGUCACCCAGGCGGUUCUGGACGCCUCCAUGGGCACCUACGGCAGUGUCGAUGACGGCUACGCGAGCGCAGGCGGGCCCGGAGCACACUACACAAAGAUGCAGGUCAUCGGCAGCUUCCGCGUCGCCGUAUACAACUGCGCGGCUGAAAAGCCCAUCUUCCUGGAUCUGCUUCCGUCGCUGCUGACCUUUGCCAAGAGCCACAGCGACCAGCUCUUCACAAACCUUGUCGAGGUCCUCCUUCAUAUUCUGGAGUGCACGAGCGUUGUCCACUCCAAACGGCUUGCCGACUUCGCUCUUGAUCAUGGACUGUCUCAAAUGCUUCCCUACCUGGAGCUGUCGGGACGCGACGUGGAGGAGCGACUGCCCUUCACCGGCACCGCAGCGGACCUGUAUCGAUUCUGGCAACCGAUUUUGCUGCGUGCGCCGCACCGCAGCAGGCUCCGUUUCACGUCGCACGGCGGCGUGCAGGUUAGCGUGGGGCUGUGGCCGGACACGGGAUUCACCAUUUCAGCCUGGUUCAAGUUUGACCGGCUGUACCUCACAAUUCCGUUGUUCGAGUUUCAUGGUGUCGUCAGCGAUGGCAGCAGCGCCACUGCUCCGCUGCGCGGCUCGAGCAUGGCCGCCUCCCUCUUUCUCUUUGGCGGGGACAGCAUGCAGCUGACCAUCAACGAUGGACGGCGCGUCACGAUCAACGAGAGCCAGGCGCUGCAGAACUUCAGCCCGCAGACGUGGGUGCACGUCUGUGCCGUCCUGCACACGACGCACGUCUUGGAUGUCUACGUCAGCGGCUUCAAGGCGGGCACAACAGCGUUCCCGUACUUCGCCGCAGGUGCGGAGGUGCGCGUGAACGUCGGCUUCACGGAUGGCGUGCCCCACUACGCCACGUCGCGGGGCACUGACGCUUCGCCGCUCUUUUCGAUGGGCGACAUUGCGCUCUGGGCGCAGUCGCUGAGCCGAUCGCAGGUGGAGGCGGAGCUGGGGAGCGGUGAUGGCACUCGGUGCGGGACAAUGAGUGGUGGAUGUCCGAACACUUUUCCUGCCAAGAUACUGAAGGAGGGCAUUCCUCGAGAAAUGACGCUGUUUCGCCACAUGGGCGUUGGCGGCGGCGCUCCACUGCUUGGCUCCGCCAGCAGCACGCUCAAUCUAAGCGUCGGCGGACUGGGAACGCUGAUGAACCCGAAGUCGCAGUCCACCGGUCCCAGCGGCAUGGCUGGACUCUCGCCUGGGCCGGUCAGCAGCAUCACCGCAGGUGUGGGUAGCGACUUCAAGGACGACAAGGCCCCUGGCUGUGGUGGCGCGUGGUCAGCCUCUGCCGCGCGCAUGGCCCGCUUUGUGCCGUUCGAGAACGAGGACGACAUGCUGCGGAAUGUGCUCGCCUACCCAACCGGCUUCCCGGUAAUCGCGAAGCUCGUUGGCCGCUACGCGACCCCGCCCAAAACGUGGGUGGACUACCCGUUACUGUGGGCGUCCCGCGGCGGGAUUGUGCGUAUGCUGGACUGGAUGCACCUUGUCACAUCCUCGGCGCAGCUGGAGGGCCUCCUGAAGCUCAUUCUAGAGUGUGUGCGGCGCACCACGCUCGCGGUCACGCUCGACCCGCGCACCUACGUGCUCUUGACCCACAUUCUGACGAAUGACGUUGCCCGCUACAUGACGAAAACCGCAUGCAACCAGCUCCUCGAGCUCGCCUCCGCGCACAUCAACAUCUUCGACGAAGAGCACCGGGUGGUCAUCAACCGGCUCGUCUUUGAGCACAUUCUGAGCGAUGUCGGCCUCUACGCUGCGCUGCGGCGAGACGCGGCGUUGCACCUUUUGCAGCGUGUGCGGGGACUCUUUCACACGUCGCAGUGUCGGUACGCGAAGCACAACGCGCGCUUUGUGUCGCCGUAUCGCUUCCUCGAUCGACUACUGCACAGCCUCGUCGGGGUGGCCGCGCGAAUAUCGUUGCGGCUGCGCCGUGCCGUGGUCCAGGUAGCCCAACAAGUUGUUGCGGCAUGUGACAUGGAGGAUGGGCUGGUGCAGAUAUUCAUCUCCCUCAUCGCCUUGCUGACGCCGGAGGAGGUGACGGUGAGCAGCCGGCGCAACACGCAGGUCAAGGUUGAGGUGCCGGGAAUGGGGUCCCUGACACGCGGAACCGAGAUUCCGCUGCGCACGGCGAAUCACUUGACUACGCUGCUGCUGUCGAGCUUGGUGGAGUGCUGCUCGCAAAGCCUCUGCGUCUCGGCGUUGUCGCGCACGAUCGACCUGCCGUGGUACGCGAUGUGCAUGUCGCGCUAUGCCGACCCGGCGGCGGUGGUAUACGCGACGCACAUCUUCUUCGAGGCCGUCCAGCACAACCCGGCGCUGCAGGAGGAGGUCACACAGCAUCAGUCCGCUGUCGUCGAAGUGCUGACGGAGCACGCGGUGCACGAAGACCUCAUUCUGCUGCUGCUCGCGCUCACAGUGGGUGCCACUCGCGACAUUGACCUCCUUUCUAGCAAGCACUCACUGCGGCAGCAGCUGGACAGUCUGCUGAGCACCUGCAGCCCUGAGCCGAACGCGCUCGUUGCACCUAUUUUUGUACAACUCCUCGUCAUUCACCUGCACCGUAUUGUGCAGUCGCCGUGGCGGCAUCUUAUGAAGGCACAAGCGGUGCUGCAGGACGAGCAGAGGCUCCCGUGCCGCGUCCGGCGCUACUUUAGCCUGGUGCGCGUGUGUAGUCGGCUCAUGAUCCUCAUCAGGGUGCGCAGAUACCGCGCACUCCUGAACGGCAACCGCUUCCCUGAAGCCGGCGCCUACUCCGUCGAAACGCCCAUUCUCAGCCCUGCUCACCACCCGCAGUGGCGCAGCAGUGGAGCCGUGAGCGGCAACAGCCAGAACGUGAGCUUCGCGUGCAACAGGGGAGCAGGGGUCAACACUGGCGUCGCCAGCACUGGGGGACUGGCAAACGGGUCUUUCGUCUCCGGCUGCCACAGUCGCGCGCCGCCAGAUCCCUUGUCGAUCAAUUCAGUCAGUGCUGGCGCCGCAAUCGGCGUGUGCAGUGGCGAGGACAAUGGUGCGGCGACUAGCGUAGCGUCACCAACGCCUCGGUCGCAGUCGCUGCGUGACGCGCGCGAGUUUCGGUGCAGCGACACUGGUGGUUGUGGCGGUGACGGCUACAGAGAGGAGACUGAUCCACCGCUGGAUCAAGCGCCCUUCGACGAUAUUGCAGGCCUUCACCGUCCUCUGGUGCUGCCCGCUUCCGUGUUCAACAUCCGUGGCGAUGACCACAGCAGCAGCAGCAGCGCCGUUGGUUCUGGCGACGUUUCACAGUGGAAACCGCCGGUGCUGCUGCCAGAAAUGUGGGCCGGUCUACCACGCUCGCUGCCCCCUACGACAGCAAGGAUGUCGGCCCGUUUGACACCGCAGGCGUCAGCAACGGCAGCAACACACAGGCUUGCCGCCGCAGCAUCGUCGUCGACGAGCGCAGUGGGCGGAAACGACGCCGAUGAUGUUUUCAGGCGAGUGUGCCAGGUCCCCGCCGCACACGUCGUAUCCCAGGUGAGUGCGUACCCGAUGCAGCACCACCUACGCUUAGAGGCGCGUGGCGCCGACAACUGCGGUGGUGGCGAUGGCGCGGCGGCCUCGAUGGUGGCCUCCGUGAAGGUGGGCAAUGCCCAUUUGAAGGAGAUGCCCGCAUGGCGCGUGCACUCGCGCAAGCACCGGCGCGCUUUUUCAGCGCUGCGCGUUUCUGUGCUGCUAUGGUUGCCGCUGCAGGUGAAGCGGUGCCGAUGGGCGUCCAAACCUCACUCACUUCCGUACGAGGAGGACUUGAGCCGUCGCCACGCCGGGACGCUGUUCUGCAUCCGUAUGUUGCACCGUUUUGCGUCCAUGUCGAACUACUUUUAUCUGCUCGUGAAUUCACCAAUGCAGACGGCGGCGCUGAGCUCGCUGGUGGCGUACAUCUCGCGCGCCAUGCUGCUGGAGCAGCUGGACAUGUGGGAUCAGAUGGUCCGCUCGAUGGUGGUUGCGCCGGCGCGAGAGUCUGCGGUAGUGACGGCGACGGCGCCGGCGACGGUUGCAGAUGUGCCUCAGCCGCAGCAGCAGGAGAAAGAGACACCCGUGUCACCGACUGCGAGCCAACCAGCGGACGACGGCAUCGAGCCUGCGGAAGGCGCGGAUGGGGAUUGGGAGGGGGUGGAGGCGGUGUCGGAUGAUUACACAGGCUCAGCUUCGCUCGAUGCAACACCGCGCGUGUUGAGCACUGACCCGGUAAUGGUCAACGCGACAAAGCCGAUCGCGUCUCAUCACAGCCGGAGCAGCAACAGCAGCACGGAUGCCGGCAGCGUCGGCCGAGGCCGUGCACAAAAAGGCGAUGAGGUCGAGCUAGCAUCCGCACUGCCGCUGUCAAGCCUGCCAGAGACACUGCUGCGACCCCUUACCUGCCCCAGCUCCAUGAUGUUCCGCAGUGCAGGAUCGUCAUCGGCGCAGCUGGACAAGAUGACGGUAUUGGAGUCACCCCAUCCCAGCUUAACGCUCUGCAGCGAGGAGCUGGACGACGCGGACGUAGCGAGCGCCGCAGCCCAGCCCCGGUGUCGCGUGACCGUCGAGGAUGGCGACGGGAGCAGCGUUACGAACGGUUCCUUCGACGUCGUGGGGCUGCCGCUCAUCCAGCCGACUGAUGAGCAGCCGAAGCACCGCAGGGAGCUACCGCUGCGGCCUCAGUCACUGCAGCAGCGCGGGAAGGCGCUGCCGCCGCACACAUACACGGAAACCCAGGCUGAUGAGAUAGGCAGUAGCGCCACCGCCAGAGCUGCAGCAAGCGUCAGAGGGAUAACACCGACAGCGGCGCCAACGGCAACAGCGGCGGCAGUGGAGCCGGAUGAUUCGAAUACGGACUCGGUGGUGAAACCAGAUGCAACUGGCAACUGUGACGACGAUGAUGGCACCUCCUCCGUGUCGUCUGCGGCAGCCUCGUUGUCUAGCCACAGCUCCACGGUGUCGACUAGCUUGAUUCCUACAUCAGCCUCGUCGAACCUGCCCUCCACUGCCUUGGACGCGAAGAAGGCGGUCUCCACCCCACUCGUGUCGUUCUCGAAUCUGCCGGGCGUGCCUGCCCCCCUGCGCUGUCACGGCCUCUCCGAUGUGUACGCCAUGAACAUCGCAAGCAUCAUCGAGUCCGUGGGUGAAGUGGUGCGCCGCGAUGCCGUUAGCAUCCUCCGCGCCUUGAUCCGGUCUUCCCUCGACACGCUGCCAAUGCCGAACUGGAUCGGCGGCCCCGCCUACGGCUCGUGCGGUGGGCUUCUCUUUCAGCUUCUCUUUAACAUCUCCGCCAAGGCAGCUGCUGCUGGCGACUCGACGACGACACUCGUGCGCUACUUUUUGCUGUGCGUCGGCAACGCGGUCAAGGAGCAGAGAGACCGGGAUCUCAUGCAGGCCCCGAACCACGAUCAGACACUUUCAUCGUCGAAAGGGGAUGUCUCCGCUAAGACACCGAUGACCGGGCUCAGCGGAUCGCCGCUUGGUACAUUAACAGUGGGCAGGCAUGCACCGAGCAGCACUGCAUCGCCGCUGCUGCUGGGGUGCCGGACUUCGACUUUCUCAGAAGCGCCCGGGUCGACCACCACUGUCGGCGCAGGAGCGUCGCUGUUUGGCAACGCCGGGGGGCUUUCCGCGAACGUGCCUCUAGCAUCUGCCGCCGUCCUCGUGACAGGCGUGCCGCCAUCUACGGUCUCCUCCUCCACGGCCGAACGCCCUUUUCCCAUCGGCGCUGUUGGUAUUGGAGGCGGUGACGAUGGAGGUGGGUGUUCUCCCCAGCACGGUGACGCACCUCUGUCGCCGGCGCGGUACCAUGUACCACUGUCGCAGGGCUUGCGCGGCACUAUGAGUGCUGAGCCUGGAAACGCACAGCAUCAAAGUAGAAGCAGCAGCGCGACCACGGCUACCGGUGCCUGCUCGGACGUGUUUCUGUUCAAUGUAAGUCAUUUCACAGACUUGAUUGUGGACAUGCUCGCUAUCCAGGUGCUCGACCUCCCGAUGACGACGCACUUCUUCUUGACCCUGCUCGUGCUGUGCCAGGGGUGGCCGAAUCGGUACGUGGAUCAGCUCAGCUGGCAGGUGAUGCGGGCGUGCAUCGCGGUUCUGAAUCGGCCAUCAACGCAGGACGCCAGCGUCAGCCUAAUCGAGAGCGUCUACACGCUGUCGACCCUGGUGCUGCGUCGCGGGUGGAAGCACAAGGGGGUCUUGGAGUCGCUGCUGCGAGUGCUGUACCGCGUCUUUGUGUCGCUCCCACCGGCGUGGAUGCCGGACGCCGACGCGCGCCACCGCAAGCGUCUCAUUACGCUCAUCUUUCGCCACCUUGUGCGAACCUACGUCGGCACGAAGGAACUGGAGAAGGCGCUGACGGUGCGCACGCUGACGCAGCGCCUGUCUCUCUACGACGACUUCCGCAUGGUUUUCUCUCUGAGCAACGAGGACGAGUGCUGCGCGACCUUUGAGCAGUACUGCAUCGACCAGUUCUCCUCCAUCGAUACGCUCAUGUCGAGUCGCCUGAAAGCCAAGGCAGACCUUGCCUUCAAGGCCAGCAUCAAGGCACGCAGCGAGUACAUCAAGCGCAUCAAGACUUUCAACGGCCAAUACAGGCAGGUCAUGGAGGUGCCGGAGCGCUAUCGGCGCGCUGCGCUGCGUGUGGCGUACACGUCCCGCUUCUCCUCUUUUGUGGCCACGACGCCGCACGUAGACUCAUCGCAGCUGCACUGGCUGCUCUCCUCCACGUGCGCGCUGCACGAGAACCACACGGUGUCGCACGCAACGCUGUGGCGCAAGGGGCUGACAACGAAUGGGACGGCGGCCGACAGCGGUACGGCUGCCGGGACAGUCACCAGCCAAAUCAACGCCAGCGACGGUGCGGAACACACGCUUUACCACUUCAUGGAUCCGCAGAUGAACUAUGGGGCGCUGAAGGGUGUGCGAUGGGGCGGAAGGUGCGCUUCGCAGACGCCCAUAGCAAAGGCAGCAACGAGAGCGACGACGGCAUGUGGCACACCCGGCCACAUCGGCGUUAGCGACGCCAGCAGGGCUAGUAUAGCGGAGGAGACGGCUGAAGGUCCGAUGAGCGCUCACAGCGCGUCGACUCAGAUCAAGAUGGCGGACAAGGUAGUGGGAGCGGAAGCAACAACGGCAACAGAAGAGUAUCCGCCGAAGAACGACCUGGUUCAUGCCGUGCAAUGCGAGGAGCUCGUCCAGCACAUCGCGGUGCUGGUGCCGCCCCUCAGCACCCACUGUCGCCCGUACUUGGGCGAUGAGGCCUUCCCUGCGGCGUUGAAGGAACUGCCGAUCACGCUCACACCGUCCGCGAUAACGCUGCUGCGCUACUUGGUGGCACCGCACGAGACGGUGCGCUUUCUCAGUAAUGGCUUCCGCAUCAACGGUAUCCACACGACUCCUUGUCUCAUCCUGCUUACAAACGUGACCCUGAAGGUGAUUGGGUUUUCACGCGUGACGGAGGCCGGAGACAUCAUCCUGUGCGAGAACGAAUUCGACGACGACGACGCGCACAGCCGCGGCGCGGCUAGCGGGUCGAGCAUCCACAGCAACAGCACUCUGUGCUACCACCAGGACGUCGGCAGCGUUUCCGAUGACGGCAAGGGGUCCCUGGCCAAGUCGACGCGCCGGAACCCGUUCAGCGUAGCGUCGAUGACGCGGCAACUGCAGAAGCUGUUUUCCGACAAGUCGGCAAAACGCCGUCAGCAGCAAGACGGCACACGCGUUGCACAGGCGGUGCGGCAGGUGAUGGGCUGCAACUACCGGAACAUCUACUGGACCUACCGGGUCAGCUCUAUCCGCGCGGUGCGCUCGCUGCACUACAUGCACCUCGACACUGCUGUGCAACUGCAGCUCUACUAUGACAACGGCCCUAUGCUGUCGGUGGUGGACGCGACGCAGUCAAUGAACCCGUCUGCGAAGAAGGAGUUCAUCAAGGUGCUGAAAGACGUCGUGGGCACCCAGCAGUGCACCUUCAUGGACGAAAGCCAGCGAGCUGCGAGCAUGAGGACGCACCUGGUGCGGUGGGCGACGGGGUUGCUUUCGAACUACGAGUACCUUCGCUUCUUGAACGAGGCGGCGGGGCGGACGAACCGCGACCUGAACCAGUACCCUGUCUUUCCGUGGGUGCUGGCCAACUACACGAGCGCAACGCUCGACUUGGAGGCUGCCUCGACCUUUCGCGACUUUGCGUACCCGAUGGGGGCGCAAACGGAGACACGGCGCGCCACCGUCGCGCGGCUCUUCGAGGACACACGCGAGUUGUACGACGCGGACACUGGCAAGUCCUACCCGUUCCACCACGGCACCCACUACUCCACGAGCGGUGGCGUGCUCUACUUCCUCAUACGGGUGCAGCCCUUCACGACCUACGCGCGCCUUUUACAAGGUGGCGACUUCGACCUCGCUACGCGGCUGUUCGACUCCGUCGCCGCGUCGUUCACGUCGUGUGUGACAGGGCCGGCGGACUGCAAGGAGCUCAUCCCGGAAUUUUACGUGAACAGCGGAUUCCUGGCCAAUGCAGAUCACCUCAACUUUGGCACCAAGUCAGACGGCCACGCAGUCGGUGAUGUGCGGCUCCCUCCGUGGGCGAAGAACUCGCGCCAGGUCUUCACCGCCGUGAUGCGCUACGCGCUGGAGUGCCCCUACGUUGUCGCGCAUCUGCAUCAGUGGAUCGACCUCGUCUUCGGUGUGCGUCGGCGUGGCCCGCUCGCGCUGGAGCGGUACAACGUGUUUCAACGCAUGACGUAUGGCGAGGAGGUGGUGCAGGCGCUGAAAAACGCCGAGACGCCCCACGACUGCGAUGUCAUUGUUGCCGAGGUGGACAACUUCGGACAGACGCCGCUGCAGCUCUUUCAGGAGCGCCACCCCUCUCAUCACGAGCUGGCACCUAUUGUGAAGGCUUCGGCAGCGGACGGCAGUGUCAUGGGCGUUGGCGGCGGCGUGAUGGCAUCUUCAGACAGCCACGGCAACGGCGAUGGCGGCUCAGCGGCGGUGUGGACAGCCGUGAAUAGCAUCAGCGCGGUGGCGCUUGGCGGUCUGUACACCUCGGCCACUGCAGCGGCCGCAUGCGCCGCGGCGACCGCAGGGGCGGGAAUCCAGGUCGGGGUCACCUCCAGCAAUCUCCUCUCCUCCGGCUCCUUCGCCAGUGGGCAGACAUACACGCAGGCGUUCUACCGCGAGGCGCCGAAGGUGACUUGGAUGCUGAUUCAUGCAAUGGACGAGACCCAGACCUGGUUUGUGCUGCGAGACCCGCCAGGCAGUGUGCUGCAGCACCCACCGCCUUCAGCGCUGAAGGACAUGUUCGGCUUCAGCAGCGACGCCGUGCUACACUUCAGCGUGCUGCGCACCUCCAAGAAACUCGCGUGCGCGUAUGCCCGGCUUGUGCCCGUGGCGGACACGGACUACUACCUGUGCUGGCAUGAGCGUGAGGCGCAGCUCAUGCGCUACACCACCGGCGAGGCCGCCUUUCACUCCGCCAUCUCUUUUCAUCCGCGGGAUGUGAGCGGCUCCCGCAUCAGCGCUGUCGCCGUUGGCCCGCGUGAGUCUGUCUUGCUUGUUGCCACCAGCAGCGGUGCGGUGUACUGCCUCCUUCCCGACGACACCGGCGAUGGCCAGCUUCACGCGCGCGGGACGCUGUGCCACCACCGUUCAUCCGUUACAAAGAUCGCGCUAGACUCGAGGAGGCAUCGCGCCGUCACCAUCACCGACUCCACCGGCGAUGACGAGCCCAUUCUAUGGCGCGUGCAGCGAAGCGGGUGCUGCUUUGUGUGUCGCCUACAAGUCAAGCAGCUGCUACGGAUGCCAGCACGCACCUUGAUGUCGCCGACUAGGGAGACGACGGCCGACGCUGCCGAAGCGCGCACCGUCGUGGACGUCGCAAUCGACACCGUCUCGGGCAACGUGGCACUCGUAACGGCCCGCUCGCUGCUGCUCUUUGACAACAACGGUGAGCCGUUUGGCAUGGGCACGUUGCCGUCGCCAACGUCCCUUCACCCGGUGGGCACUGCCACGCUCGAGGACGAUAACGGCGACGUUGGCGUGGUGGUCAGCCGCCCUGUGCUCUGCGUGGCCGACAUCACGGCCGUCGCCUUCUAUCAAACAAGUGAGUGGGCUGCUGGCAUGGGGGUGCUCCUUACCGGGCACAGGGACGGCAGCCUCUCCGCAUGGCGCACGACGCGGCUGCCGCCGCACUCGGUUGUCCCUGGUAAGAUAGCCAUGGUUGAGUUCCACACCCGGCUUUUCAGCGGCACAGCGGCGCCGACGGCAGCGGCUGCUGGGGCUGGCGUUGCGGGGCCGCAGGAUACAGCGGUGGCGGUGGCGGCUGCCGGUGCUGGGGGGCGCGGCAGUAUAUUCAUGGGCGGCGCGGCACCCCUCAGCAGCAGCGGCACCAGUGCGGGUGCUCUCGGUGCACCAGUGAUCCUCGCUGCUGCUGGGGCAACGAGCCAUCCAGUGACGGCGCUGCAUCAAGAAAACGCGGGCGUGCCGACCUUCCUGGUCGGCUACGCCAACGGAACUGUGCGACAGCUUGUGUUUGAGGAUCCCGCUCUAUCCUAUGUGGGCGUCAGCGGCGGUGGCGAUGGCGCUGCUAGCGGAAGCAGCGGAAACGCCGGGGAUGACCGUAGUCAGCGUCGCUGA